AUGACCAACGACAAUAUAAACGAGUCGACAAUAUGCUCAGUAACGAUGUGGGUGCUUCUUGAAGGGAAGGCGAGUGCUGUAGAAGUCGAUAUUAAUCAGAACAAUUAUAUGACCCAUAGUUUCAACUUAGACUGCCUUAAACCUAUUCUUUGUGAAAGAUUCAAAGUUCUUAAGAAUGUUGAACCAGAAGAUGUCGAAUUUUUUACCUUUAAUAACCGCAUAAAUCCACUUCCACUAGGAACCAACCUUAAUUUCCUAUCCGGGAGUACAACUGACACUGCACCACUUGUAGUCCGGUAUCCUCUAUCAACUUCAACCG